AUGGCCACAGAUUCCAAACUGGUGAGAGAUGCUGGAACUUUGUUUGAUAAUCCUACAUUGUUUCGAAGCAUAAUUGGUGGUCUUCAGUACUUGACUCUAUCCCAACCAGAUUUGGCUUUUGCGGUUAACAAAUUGAGCCAGUUUUUAUCUAAUCCAACUGAAGCUCACUGGACUGCUUGUAAAAGGGUCUUACGGUAUAUCAAAGGUACCCUGAACUAUGGACUUGUUUUUAAAAGAAACAAAGAGUUUACUAUUGAAGCGUAUGCCGAUGCGGAUUGGGCGAGUGAUGUGAAUGAUAGGAGAUCCACCAGUGGGUAUGUUGUGUUUCUUACAGGUAAUCUAGUUCAAUGGAGUUCUCGAAAACAGAAAGUUAUUUCACUUUCUUCCACUAAAGCUAAAUAUAGAGCUUUAAGUCAAGCAGCCACUGAAGUUGUAUGGACUCAACAUCUUUUUAAAGAACUUGGGAUUGAGGUUAAAAAUGUACCAGUCAUAUGGUGUGAUAACAUGAGUGCUGGUGCACUCUCCGUAAAUCCUGUGUUUCAUGCAAGAACUAAACACAUCGAAAUCGAUGUUCAUUACGUGAGAGAACUAGGAGCUCGAAAACAGCUGAAUGUACAGUAUGUAGAUUCAGAAUUUCAAAAAGCUGAUGUCUUAACAAAAUCUCUUCCUGGUAAUCGUUUUGCUAUGCUGCGUACUCAGCUGAAUGUUGUUUGUGAACUGCCAAAGUAA